AUGUCUUUAGUGUCGGGGCCUGGUAGGGCUGUUGAAACUCAGCCCGACCAGAUUUUAUGUGUUCAUAAACAUGUGGAGUAUAUCAAAAAUUUGGACAGCAGGAGGGAUGAGCUUGAAUAUUGGCUCACGGAGCAUCUUCGACUUAAUGGAGUCUACUGGGGCUUAACAGCUCUGCAUCUUCUCAACUGCCCCCAAGCUCUACCUCGUGAAGACACCGUUGAUUUUGUCCUCUCGUGUCAGCACAGGAAUGGUGGGUUCGGGGCAGCCCCCGGUCAUGAUGCCCAUAUGCUAUAUACAGUUUCUGCAGUUCAAAUCCUUGUAAUGCUGGAUGCCGUGGAUGAGUUGGAAAAGCGUGGACUGGGGGGCAAGCACAAAGUUGGCUCGUUCAUCGCAGGAUUACAGGACCCGAAAACUGGUUCAUUCAUGGGUGACGAGUGGGGUGAGUUAGACACGCGAUUCUUGUAUGGUGCUUUCAAUGCAUUGUCACUAUUAGGUCUCCUUGAUACUGUUGACGUCUCAAAGGCCGUUGCCUAUGUCCAGGAAUGUGAAAACCUGGACGGAGGCUAUGGGAUUCGCCCUGGAGCCGAAUCACAUGCUGGUCAGAUAUUUACAUGUGUUGGAGCUUUAGCGAUUGCUGGGCGCCUUGACUUGGUAAAUAAAGACCGCCUCGGUGGUUGGCUGAGCGAGAGACAAGUGGAAAAGGGGGGGUUUAAUGGACGUCCAGAGAAGUUGGAAGAUGUCUGUUAUAGCUGGUGGGUUGGAGCCAGCUUGGCUAUGAUUGGCAAGCUUCACUGGAUUAAUGGUGACAAGCUUACUGCAUUCAUCCUACGUUGUCAGGAUCCGGAGAAUGGUGGCUUUGGAGACCGACCUGGUAACAUGGUCGACGUCUUUCAUACACACUUUGCCAUUGCAGGGUUGAGCCUCCUAAAGUAUGGCGGCGUACAAGAAGCUCAUCUUUCUCAUUACUUCAAAUUGCAAGUCCGCAGUCAUCAAGAGCCCCAAGCCGUCAUUCUACUCGAUGAGUACGACCGAUGGUAUAAGGCCAAUAACCUUGCGAAGUUGCUCUCUGACCGUUUAUCCUCGAAAGAUGCUCGCAGGAAAAAGAAUCAGGGAAAGAUUGCAGCUCAGGACAAAUCAUGUUCUAUAAAGAGUCAUGGAUACAGAAGUCCUCCAGCGCCGGCCUGCCCGCUGCUUGAUAUCCCUCCUCCUGUCUACCUGGAUCCUCGCCUUGUUGCACCCUAUUCGAAUAUAGAGCAUAAGGAUAGUAACCAGAGAUCAUCCGUCUCUGCGAACUGCAUUACAGUGGCUGCAGCUUCGAACCACCCCCCACAUGUUCACGCGGAGUUGGACUAUCCAUUGCACCCUACGCUUAGUUCUCAUACUCUUAUUGAAACAGAAGCCCAUCAAUGGAAGCAAGAGCCUGUGUUUGAUUCUGAUGACGAGGGAGCCUCCGCCUUGCAACGUAUGCCAACUUGGACCAAAACGUUGGGACGCACUGCGGAAAUGGCCUCACAGUUACUUGAUCAACAUCUGGUAUACGACCCCUUCGUUGACGACACUGAGAGCGAGGUGGACAAGGAAAGAGUGGAUGAAAUUGCUAGACUUAAAGGAGUGUUCUGGCCAGGAAUGGAUAUCUUCGACUCUGCCACUGAACAAAUGAGGCGCAAACGCAAUCAAAAGAAGGAUGAAAGCACUCUUAGGAUGAUGGAAAAGACAUCUAUGGGUGUAGCACCUACCGAACUGGUCUUUUCCCCUACCGGUAUAUUACGAAAGCAGCGUGUGAUCUCUGGAAAUGUAGAGGACAGCAGCCCUCUUAAGGGGGAGACACCGAUACCAAAGCGGAGAAUGACUCGUCCAAAGCGUGUCCUCUCCCAAUCCGACCCAAACGUUCAGCAUAAACGAGACAGGAAGAGGAAGAAAAAGGUAAUCAAGCGUGGCCCGACCACUGUUAAAGAGGUCUUUGGCCAUCGAGGUUUACAUUCUGCACGGGGUGCCUCGAUCGAAGAGCCAACUUGUGGCGGUAAUCACCUACCUCGUGGAAAGAGUACUGACGACUUUGUAUUAACAUUCGGCGGGAACGACACUAGGUCUAGCAAUGAGUUAAAGGUGUUUUGUGACACACCAGAUCAAGAUAUGUCAGCACCCAAAGACAAGUAUUGUGAGGAUGGGCUGCAAUAUGAGCUAUCGGCACCUUCUGAUUUCUUCCUCCAACAAGAAGCUAUGACCAAUCGCACUCCAAACUCUGUACUUUCGGCCAAUUAUAUCUCAGAGUUUACAGAGAGGCUCUGUCGUUUCACCACAGACAAAGAGAAUAUUGAGCCGCUCCUAAAUGUUCAUGGCCGAAUCGAUCCUCUCGUGGGCUGGCAUUCCCCAACAACGGAGCGGCAUUUAGUCAGUGACGCUACUAGCUAUCAAUCGCAGGUUUUAUUUAGCAAUGGUCAACGAAUCGGGCUGAACAUGUUCGACGGUCAACAUGGUCAUGCAGGAUAUUCUUAUAACCCAUUAGCAGCUUCGUUUCCAAAACCGCCAACAGACGAGAACCCUAUAUACACCACCGACGCCAAUAGCAGUCUGGCUUCUCAGGGUGUGAUCCGUGCGACGUCUCCCGAGGCAACAAUUUCCGAUAUUGAAGAAGAAGAUUUUGAGCGACUCUAUUUGGAUGGGAGCAUCUACUAG